UCACUAUUUCACAUUUCAAUUCACUAAACCCUAAUUUUCAGCUAUAAAACCCUCUAUUCUGCUCACAACUUUCACACUUCACUUUUGAUAAACCCUUCGUCGCCGUUCACAACACUCUCUUUGCAAUCUCUCCAUUCUCUCCAAUAUGGCUCCCCCUAGAGGUCGUGGUGGUUCCAGUGGAGGAUUCAGGGGAAGGGGUGACAGAGGUAGAGGAAGAGGCGGUGGUGGAGGAAGAGGAGGUGAUAGAGGUACCCCUUUUAAGGCUCGUGGUGGCGGUAGAGGUGGAGCACGCGGAGGAGGUCGCGGAGGAGGCCGUGGUGGCGGUAGAGGUGGAAUGAAGGGAGGAAGUAAGGUUCUUGUUGAGCCUCAUAGACACGACGGUAUUUUCAUUGCCAAGGGUAAAGAAGAUGCUCUUGUUACUCGGAAUCUUGUUCCUGGUGAGGCUGUUUACAAUGAAAAGAGGGUCUCCGUUCAGAAUGAGGACAGUACUAAGACUGAGUACAGAAUUUGGAACCCUUUCCGCUCCAAGUUGGCUGCUGCUGUUCUUGGUGGUGUUGACAAUAUAUGGAUUAAACCUGGUGCUAAAGUCCUUUACCUAGGAGCUGCUUCAGGAACAACUGUCUCUCACGUGUCUGAUAUUGUUGGACCCACUGGAGUUGUCUAUGCAGUAGAGUUCUCCCAUCGAAGUGGUCGUGACUUAGUUAAUAUGGCAAAGAAGCGCACUAAUGUCAUACCUAUUAUUGAAGAUGCUAGACAUCCAGCCAAGUACAGAAUGUUAGUUGGCAUGGUUGAUGUGAUAUUUUCUGACGUUGCACAGCCUGAUCAGGCUAGAAUUUUAGGUUUGAAUGCUUCAUAUUUUCUCAAAGCUGGAGGACAUUUUGUUAUUUCUAUCAAGGCCAAUUGUAUUGAUUCCACAGUCCCUGCUGAGGCGGUGUUCCAAAGUGAAGUUAACAAGUUGAAGGCAGAUCAAUUUAAGCCAUUUGAGCAAGUGACUCUUGAACCAUUUGAGAGGGACCAUGCUUGUGUUGUUGGUGGUUACAGAAUGCCAAAGAAGAAGAAAGAUGCCGAGUAACCUGCUUUUGUUUGAGGAACACAUGUAUUGUUAUGUUACUUUAGCAAAUCAGAUAUUUUUGAUAACAUGCAAUUUAGGGUUUUAUUGUUUUGAAUUUUGUUUUGAAGAAUAUAAACUCGUAUUUAUUAGCUAGAAGCUAUUUUUCCUGAUAAUGUGUUGAUUAUUAACUAUAAUCUAUGUGGUUGAUACUUUCCAAUAUUAGUAAUCAUCUAGUUUGAUUUUGACGUUA